AUGAUCAAUCGAAAAUACAUAAAACUUGGAGAGUACGGGAGAGGUGCUCCAGUUAGAUCAGGACUCAUCAGAGCCGCUACAUUUUCAUCAUUUCGCGUCAGUCGUGCACUGCAGAGAAAACCUCAUAUGAUCUUCAUGAGGAUUACUUCGCGGAUAUGCAUAAUGAUGCCUUAUUCUACACCUGGAGCUUCAGCUGCUAAUGGUGGUGGUGCAGAAAGAUCAAGGCAACAAAAUAUCUCCCAGCCAUCUUCCUCAUCUCCUAUGGAACCAAUCAAGCAAUCCCAAGAUAUUCCAGAGAGCAAGCUAGGAAGACAAGUUUUGCUUUCCAAGAUGAAGAUGAUGGAAAUGAAGAUGAAGCCGAAACCUAGAUGA